AUGCGCCCCAAAAAUGGUGACAUUCAUUGAAUAAGAGUCAGUGGAAAAGCACCACCUCCAAGUACCGAGUGGCACCAAACCACGCUAGCCCAUGAGUGGGUCCACCAUGUUAGAUCUGAGCCGUCUUCUCCAGUGGACGAAGCUAGGUGCAUAUAUCAUUGACGUUUACGUGGCAACUUUCAAAUCCAUAUAUUCCCAACUUCAGGGCCGGCAUGACAUACCUCUCCUUCUGUCAUUCCUACGUGGACAGUUUGCCUAUAGAAGCUCUGUUGUCAGUCGAUAUGUGUCGCUGGAGAUCAACAAUUCGUUCAAACGUAACAUCAAGAUUGCUCAAACCCCAUGAAACGGUAGCGUCCCUUCGUACGU